AGUCAUCCAUAAACCCUAAAACCCCUUCUGCUUUUGUCUUCAUUCUCUUGUUGAAAACCCUGCAAAACCCCUCUUGAAAUGGCAGGAAGCCAAGCAACCAACAUCUUGAUGAACAUCGCCCGCGCAGCAUUAGGACUCGGGGCUGCCGCCUCUCUCGCCAACGCGUCGCUGUACACGGUGGAUGGUGGACAGCGUGCUGUUCUGUUCGACCGGUUCAGGGGAGUGAUCGAUGAGACGGUGGGUGAGGGGACUCACUUCCUCGUCCCCUGGCUCCAAAAGCCCUUCAUCUUUGAUAUCCGCACCCGCCCUCACACAUUCUCCUCCGUCUCUGGUACCAAAGAUCUCCAGAUGGUCAACCUAACCCUUCGGGUUCUCUCCCGUCCUGAGGAAUCACGUCUUCCCUAUAUUUUCCAACAUCUUGGUCUUGAGUAUGAUGAGAAGGUGCUUCCCUCCAUUGGCAAUGAGGUCUUGAAAGCUGUUGUUGCACAAUUCAAUGCUGACCAGCUUCUCACUGAUCGUCCUCAAGUAUCUGCCCUGGUCCGAGAAUCACUUAUUAGACGUGCAAGGGACUUCAACAUUACAUUGGACGAUGUAGCAAUUACACACCUUUCAUAUGGAGCAGAGUUCUCAAGAGCAGUGGAGCAGAAGCAGGUGGCACAGCAGGAGGCAGAGCGAUCAAAGUUUGUAGUCAUGAAGGCUGACCAGGAGAGGAGGGCUGCUAUUAUUCGUGCAGAAGGUGAAAGUGAGUCCGCUCAGCUCAUUUCUGAUGCCACUUCAAAGGCAGGCAAUGGACUGAUUGAGCUAAGGAGGAUUGAGGCAUCAAGGGAGAUAGCUUCAACUCUUGCAAGGUCACCAAACGUUGCAUACCUGCCAGGUGGACAGAACAUGCUCCUGGCUCUCAAUCCCAGCAGGCCAUGAUUGAGUUGCCUGAAUCUGCUUAGGUUCUUGCCUUUUCUAUUGGAAACAUUUUGGUAUUUUUAUAUUUAAAACUGCAAAACUAACUUUUGAGGAACCAAACGUUUAGUUUGAAGAAAGCUGUUCACAUUAAGUGGGGUGUCCAAAGCAUUAGAUUGAGAUUAACAGAUUUAAGUAUACGCUCUCUUGCUCUUUCUGGCAUCAAUAAUAUUUGUGCGAUCAU